AUGAAGGUAAUGAAGCUUUUGGUUUGCUUGCUUCUUGCAGUGGUUGAUGCUUUGCGAUCCCGCAAUCCAGGAGUGACGAUCUCUUUGAAGAGAAGUGAGAGAGCAAAGGUCAGAAAGGACGGACUCGACCUUUUGAGCCUAAAGCAUCGUGUCGAACAUGACGUCGUGCUGUCACGAAUGCGAGCCCAGGCACAGCAGGUUCAUGCCCUACAGUACUACGGAGAGCUGCAAGUGGGCACUCCUCCGCAUGUUUUCUCGGUGAUUUUUGACACUGGAAGUGGGCAGCUGAUGCUCCCAUCUGCCCGAUGUGACAGCAAGGCGUGUAAGGCGCACCGUGCCUUUCUGCAGCAGAACAGCAGCACGGCUGUGCCGAUUGGCUGGGCCGAUGACCCCUUCACGAGAGCUAGGAGCGACCUGGACCGAGACACCACGGUGGUGAACUUUGCCGCUGGCGAGGCAGUGGGGCAGUUUGUCCGAGACAAAGUUUGCUUGGGCUCUGCUUGUGCCGUGGCGGAUUUCGUGGAGAUGACUGAAGAGUCUGACGAGCCGUUUGCUGCGGUGGAGUGGGAUGGUGUGCUGGGACUCGCACAGUCUCUCAGCGACCACCCGGAGUUCAACAUCCUCCACAAAAUGUUCCAAGGGACAGUUCUGAAGAAACCCAUCUUCGCUGUGUACCUUGGGCGCCGCUUCGAGGACGAGGCAGAGAUCACCUUCGGGAGCAUCCGCCCGGAGCGGAUGGCGUCAAACCUUCACUGGGUAAAUGUUUCGCAAGAAGGCUAUUGGCAAAUCCAAAUCGAUGACGUCACCAUUGACGGGAAACGCACCGGCACGUGCAAGAAAUAUGGCGCGAAGGGAUGUCAAGGUGUGCUAGACACCGGGAGCUCACUCCUGAUGGGGCCCAAGCACGAUGUGAACGCCUUACUCGCGGGCUUGAACUUCAAGGAAGGCACCGAGCGCGCCUGCAAGCCCGGGGUGACAUUCCCAAAGCUUGGAUUCUGGAUUUCUGGAAAGCUCUUCGAACUGGACGCGGAUGACUGGAUGGAUCGCAGCCCCGAGGCAAAUUGCUGGGCUCAUUUGAUGCCGGUGGGCGACACCGGCCGAGGAGCCAUCUUCGUGCUUGGCAUGCCUUUCUUGAGAGCCUUCUACACUGUGUAUGAUCUGAAGGCAAAGCAAGUGGGCAUUGCUGCAGCCCGCCAAUCAAAGAAGGAAAAAGCCUUGGCAACCGAAGUGAACUUGGUACCUCGGAAAUAA